AUGAUCAUGACUUCUUCCCCUGUCCUUUUACCUCAUGCCCAUACCGGAUCCCAUCCUUGUUCUCCCGCCCUCCGACCUAUUCCAUCUACACACACCAUCCCCAUCCCCCAUUCCCACAAUCAUCCUCAUUUUGGACUUAACUCUCCUCGACCAGUAUUGCAGAAUACAAUUUCUGCACCUGUCGUCCAACAGGGUCAUUCUACCGGGACAUCACCCAGAUCUUACGCUCGUGCACCUACCAUACGUCCUUAUGCUUCACCAUUAUGUAUGAGAGGGUGUAACAAAGCUUCUGCUCAACUGUGUGGGGACGCGAAAAAGUUUGCGCACUUGGUGGUUGAGCAAAUUCAGUUUGCGGGGAAAAGUGGGAAAGGCGAGAUGAGGGUUGGGAGUUUGGGUACUAGUUGGGAAAAAGAAAGAGUAGAGUUGAUUGUCGAUGUUCCCGUUUGGAGUCCUGGUUGUUUCCAAGACCUCUCCACCCUUCACGCUUUACGUGAUACGACCCUCGCUCAGACCCAUUCCCUCCUUGCCUUCUUACUCGACUCUCACGGCAUAGCUGGCACUUAUCGUCUUCUCACCCGUGCCCCUUCUGGUCAGUCAAACAAGCAUGGUUGGGGCUGUGUCCGUCUCGCACCUCGUCCUCAUCCAGUGUUGCACCAGAGUCGAAGCAUCAACGUGGCGUCAUUAGGACGUAGUCCACCAAUGUUCGGUAGAAACAGACCUUCUUUAUUGUUCGAUAACUUGGAUGAGGAUGAUGACGAGGAAGAAGAUGAAGAGAUGGAUGGGGUGAUGCUCAGAAAAGGGUAUAUGAGUGGGGAUGAAGAAGCGGAGGAGGAUACGGAGCAAGUUGUGGUCCGUGAGAUUGAACGGAGGGGGCUGAAAGAAGGUCAAGCGUUCCUCAUGACACUCCACGGUCAACCGGCUCUCAUCUUGACUUGA